AAUGUUGAGUGUUGUUAGUAACUCCUCCGGACCACGAGGUGGCGUCACUGCACUUGUCCGAGUUAUUAUCAAAUAUAGUUCCGUUUUACUCUUGAUUUUUGUUUGAGUUUUCCACAUCCGUUCCGGUAGUUGGUUGAAUCGAGUGAAAGGAAAAUGUCAGUCGAUGAAGAUGAAGAAAAGCUGAGGUUAAAGGCCGCCGUGCACUUCACCGUCGGUCGUCUGUGCCAAAAGGUCGGGGAGGAGCACCACAGACCGUUCAGUCGACAGAUCAUAGCGGCCCUGGCUGAGACAACAUUCAGACAGUGUGAUAUUUUUGCCAGAGACCUGGAAGCGUUUGCCAGGCACGCCAAGAGAAGCACCGUCACGGCUGACGACGUGAAGCUCAUAGCUCGUCGGAGCACCGCCCUGUUUGUCUACAUACAAAAUAAAAGUGAGGAACUGAACCAGGAGCAAAAGGAUGCCAAAAAGAAAAGUACUGCAAAGAGGAAGAUCAGAGACACUGAGGAGGACAAAGACUGAGGACAGGACACAGACGGCUGCUGCACCGUCCAACCAGUGUCCGACAUUCAAAUAGAGACAAACGCAGACUUAAAAAAACAUGGAAUACUUAACUUAUUGUGAAAUGCAUGGCCGUGUCAGAUCACACUGCAUCUGUAUCAAAGCUGUUUACCAA